CCCAUCAGUCCGCACUUUUGCACUCUACUCUACCACUAUCGCUCCCUCUCUCCAUCUCUCUCUAUCUCUCUUCAGUCUUGUGUCUUCAGUCUUCAGUCUUCAGUUUUCAGUCUUCAGUCGCCGCUUCCUUUGACGCGUACGCUCCUUCAGUCUGAAACUGUCGCGAUCUUCUUCGACCGGUGCUGUUUCGCUCUGUUCUCCUCCGAGUUAGCUCGAGGCGUUUGGCACAAGUUCUCGCAGUUCCAGCUCUGUUCAGUUCAUCUUGUCUUCUGCGACUCGAGUCGUGGCGACUCUUCCGUUGUGUCCGGUUGCGCUUUUACCGUUGGAUCGUACCUAGCUGUUACGUUCGACAAGCUCCGGAAAUGGUUCCGUUUGGGUGUUCUCGCUAAAUUUGUUCGGCCGCUUCGAAUUGUUCUCAUGAGCUACCGGUUCAGAUUUUUCCGAUCUUCCUGUAAUUUAAUGCGUUCGUGUCGCACCGAAUGCCUGCCUAAGAAAAUUGACUUGACACCUGUCUCGGUGAAUUUCGUAGUACUCGUUUGUUCCUUUUACGUUCUAAAAGUUCUUCUGUCCAUUCGACUCUGUUCUGUUCUCCUUCUCUUCGCUAUUCCGGUGUUUGGUUCUAUUGACAUUUUUUCAUCUGCUUCGCUUUUCAACCAAAGCAAGAUGAUUACCUCUCGAGUUAUCAGCAUUUUCAUCGUGGCCCAGGUAGUACUGUCAGAAACGAAGGAGCAUAACGCCAUCAUCAGGAUUUGCGGAACAAAACUCUCCGACAUGAUUCGAAUGAUGUGCAAGGACACCGGCUUCGUGGGCCCGUUUGAGUUCAAUAACUCGGGAGGACGUGGAGUGGCGGAUGAGUGUUGCGUAUACGGAUGUUCACUUAGCACGAUAGAACUCUACUGCGCUGCAUCCCCGACCCAGUACAGCAGCAAGUCAGCGGUGAAGAGGACGACGACUUACAAGGAGCAGAUGGAGCUGAUGUUGAAUUCGUUGCACUCGAUGGACUUGUCGAAGCGGGAGCUGGACAUAGUGGCGAUGGGCGAGGACAUAGCGUCGAUUUCCAACUCCAUUUCAACGAUCGGAAGGAGCCCAGCAGAGCCGAGGGCCAACGAAGAUAGGAAGAACAACGAGGAGACGGAGAGGAUCCUGUUGAGGGAGCUGAGCCAGCAGGGCGGUCACCUCAUCAAGCCUCAGCAGCAGCAGCAGCAGCAGCAGCAGCAGCAACAACAGCAGCAGCAAGAGCAGAUGCAGCAGCCCCGCGAGCGAGUAUGGCAUUCGGAAGGGCCGGUAGCUGCCGUUUCCGCCAAUUCCGCCUCGCCGCCCGGCGACAGCUCGGUGACUAACUCAGUUCCUAACCUAUCCUCGGAUUUUAGGGAGUCCAGCAGCGCGCAGCAAACACAAAGGAGCUCCUCACUUAGCAAUGAUCUCAUCUCAACAACUAGCUCGACAAGCAAGAGGCCAACACAUCCGCCACUUCAAAUCGGUGUCCAGACACCAUACUUUCUAGGAAAACAAUUAAUUCAGCCGAAAACAAGACACCAGCAAGAUUCCGAAUCAAGUAAAAAUGCACUAACUCAAAACGAAUCCUAAAUUUACUUUUAAAAUGCGCUCGCUGUGCCUUCUGAAUGAAUUGCCUUUGAAGAUGAAUUAGGUCCACAUCCAAAUCUCUCAUCGAAGAUUUGUUUGAACUCUCAUAUCUGAACGAACCUCUUUAAAUCAUGGAUGUCAUGCAUUAAAAUCAGUUGCUGAUUCCCUGAUGAGUUUUUUCGGUAGCAAGUCGGUGAUCUCAUUUUUUGCUACUGAAAAAUUUUAUUCAAAUUGCAUUCAAACUCCACGUGAGUUCUUCGCUAUCCCUCCUAGCUCAUAUAUUUUAUUUAUGUUCUCCUCAACAUAAAACAGAUUUUAGCCACAAAAGCUCAUAUUUUAUGAAUUGAUACUCCUGGAAUAAGAGGGCAUUUGCAUCCAUAAGUUCUUUUACCGUGAAAAUCGAUUUCAUCAUUAGCUGACGAAAAACUAAAAUAUAAAAAACAUAAACCGAAAAUCGUCCGAAUCGCUUCUUUUCCAAUUUUAUUUUUCGGACUUUUUGCCUCUUAGUGUAACAAACAACUGAUAAAAUUGCCUGAAAACUCAUUUUUAUAAAUUCUUCUUCUUACCUCGAUUUUUAUUAUUUUCGUCCUUUUAUAUCAUGACACAUCACAUAUGGUUUAUUUAUUGAACAUCCCUAAUUCAUCUUCGUUAAAGGUUAAGCGCGUAUUGAAGUGAUAAUUUAUGUAAGAAAUUUUAAGUAUUGACUUUUGAUCUUUUCUCCUAAAAUGUAACUAUUUAUUAAUUUAUUUGAUUUUUUCACUGUCUCCGUAUUUUUAAACACAUAUUUAUUUUGUUUUUUUCUCCUCGUGUUAGUCGUUUUGCACUUUAUGCUCAUUUUUUUCUACAGUCUCGUCAAUGUUGUUUCAAUCUUGGUUAACUUUCAAUGUCCCCCCCCCCCCUUUUAAACAUUUUUAAAGUUUUAAUUUUCUUGGUACAAUAGUGAAAUUUUUACAAUGGAUAAUGGAAAUUGAGAAUUAUUAUUCUAACACGCGCACUCACGUCAUUGUAGACUCCAUAAAGUGUUCGAAAAUAAAAAGAGAGGGGCCUUCAUUUUCGGAAGCAAAUCAAUUGAAAGAUAAAUUUUUGUGGGGCAAACUUGUUCGUACUCGAUAAUACCCAAGAAUGUAUGCGGUGUGAAUACUCAUGCAAAGAUGAGAAAACUGUACCUGAAUAUUCCAUAAAUCUAAAAUGACUUGAGCUAUGUCACGCAGAUUUAAUACAACAAAAGGAUGCAUAAUUUGUUUAUGGUAUUCGUAUUUCAGAUUUUUUUUUAUUUUUAGAAAAAUUAAUUUCAAAUCAAAACUUCCAAUUUCAUCCCAUUUUUCUCCUUUUGGAAACUCUCUCACAACUACCUUAAUUGCCAAUAUUCUUUUCUUGUGCGUUUUUCAAACUUGUGCAAAAGUAGCGACAUCAGCCCUAGGAAUGUGUUUGAUGAAGGUCAACUGCGUGGCUUGUACACGGAAAAAAUGGUAUUGCUGAUUUAACGAUUUUGUAGUUAAAAAAAGUGUCCGACAUGUUUCAUUGUAUAUUUUACAGCAGAAAAAAUGCACUAUUGUAUAAUGCUCAUUUGAAACAUGUCAGACAUAUUUUUUUUUAACAAUUUAAUUGUUAAAUCAGCAAUCCAUUUUUCCCGUGUGCAAGGAUUUUCGUCGCAGGACGCCUAAAAUAAUGCUAUUCCUUUAGUUUCUCGCUUAUGGAGUCUGUUAUUACGUGACAAGGGUACCCAAACUAAUAUCGUGUUGGCCCCCCACAAGUCCUUUUGGCCCCCUAUUGAGUCCUUUGAGGCAGCCUUCUUUUCGGUCCCGGUGCGAUUUAAGUAGCCUCGUUUGGCCUCUGUGCUUUCAAAAUCAGAAUACAAAAUCAAAAUCACUCCACAUAAAUGGUUAAAUACCUGUCCAUCGCACUAAAGCACUCACUUACAGAUAUUGUUGCCAUAAAGCGUGUACCCACUAUAGUAGGGAUCCCAUUUAUUCUCUGAGAGCACGCUCAUUCCUAUAAUCCUGAGUUAUCGGUCGUUCUUCUUUUACAAAUUGAUAUUCUUUUCAUUCAUCAUCGGCUGCGAUUACCACGCUAAACUUCAUAGAUGUAGUUAUAGUAUUCAAGUAUAAAUUACUAGAA